GUUGGGUUCCAACCUUUCCCGGGAGAACAAGUAGGAGGAGUCUCUCUCUCGUUCUCUCCUGCUGCUGCAUGUUAGAUAUUCUCUUUUUUUUCCCCGUUUCUUUUUUCGUGUAUAUUUGAGUCAAUUUAUUCUUUUUCUCUCUCUCUCUCGGCUUUCGCCUUCGGACUCCACCUGGGAGAAGAAGCAGCAGCAGCUCACAGAGGAUAGCCCAGCAGCCACCACCAACUUAUUACCCUCACUGAGUCUCAAGUGAAGAGAAGCAGAGAAAAAUUCGUGGCCAAAACCGUCGUCACCUUGUGUGCAGUGUGUGUGUGUGUGUCCGUGUCGUUCGUUUUAUUUUUCACGUUCGACUCACCCAAAUCUCCCGCCGAUUACCAGCCCAGUGCAAAGAAGAAAUCCAAAACUAAACACAAAUUCCAACCCCAAAAAGUUUAGUUUCAAUUUCAAGUGAUUUGAUCAGUGCCGUUAUUGGGUGUUGUAACGUUUGACAUAAUUCAUUUGGAUGUACAUCACGUCGUUACGAUGACAGGUUCCUAACGAGAAAGGAAAUCACAAACGAACAUCUAGCGAGAACAACUGCACUGGCAAAAUUCAGGGAGAUUGUGGGUUGUUCUUCAUCUUCUUAUGGACUUGAGUCCUUGCAAGUCGUGAAACGGACAUGACCACCUUCGCAGCGACGGCCACCAAGACCAACCAGCCGCUUCAGCUCUUCACGAUGUUCCCGCCCGGCGGAGCGUCGACUUUGAAAGGGUUUGCAGCGCCGGCGUUUGGAACUACGACGACGACAACAGCAACAGCUGGCGGAUCGGAUCCAUUGCGGAAUCACCACUUUCGGGGUAGUCACGGCGACGAGGAGGGAGAAGGAUCGGGAGUCGAUCCUGGAUUGCCUCCGGCACUCUUUGCGGAUGGCCCGACACCCCACCCGCCUCUGAGGCCUGUCCGCCACGUCCAGCACGCCACCCAGUGGGCGGAAUCGAAAACGACAGUGGCUCCUGGACUGAUUGUCCGAUCGGCGACGGCCACUGUCAACACGACCCAGUGGAGCGAAUACUCGACGACCGUGACCGAGGACCGAGUCUUUCACGGCCGCAGCUCGUCCAGCACUCAGUUCCAGACCAUCCGCAGCAAUUCCGGCCCAUCAGCGGCGGCGGCGCCCAAUUCUUCGGUGAUGACUUCGGCCCAGUACCUGGACGACUUGCAGUUGCCGACUCAGCAGCUGGACUUGGCCGCUCAGCUGGGUAAAGGAUCCAUCGCCCGUAAAGGAUCGCUGGGAGGCCGGAGGCCGCCGACGAUUCGAUAUCGGCGCGUCAACAGUCAAGGAUCGCUGCCUUACGAGGAGCACCAACAACUCCUGCAACAACAUCAACAACAGCAACUGUCGGCUCCUACAGGAUCGUCGGCUCCAUCGAUGAAUGGAACCGAAUCCAUCCGCAGCGGUAGGAGUAGAACGCCGCCACCUCGACCUCCUCCGCCUGUCUUCCGGCAACAACAACAACAGCCACCGAAGCCGCUGGACCUGCAACAACAACAACCGGUCCCAGUGACAGCGGCAGUCACUUUACAACUACCGCCGCAGACGGACUGGAAUUGCAGUCGGUCUGGCACUCCGCCUUCCCUGCCGGCCAACAGUCCGCCGCCUCUUCCGGAUCGGGAAGAUUUGGAUUUCGUCAUGGAUGAAGUGUCCUCUUCCGCUUCAGUGUCGUCGUCUUCACCGUCUCCUAUUCCCGGCAUGACGGACGUCGUUGAAAUCAACGACAAGGAGUCGGUUGGAGAGGACGGAGAAGUUGUCAGGAGACGGACCAUCAUCACCUUAGGGCCCCGGGUGGUGGUUGUUGGCACGGCUCCAUCCGCCGCUGGAGGCGCUGAGGGAUCGUCCAGCAGCAUCAACAUCACUUUGCUCAACGGAGGGCCAGUCACUUCCAGUCAGUCGAACGAAUCCAAAGCGACGACAGAACAUCAUCAGGCCGUUGCGGCUCCUGAUGACACGCCCCAACGUGCCAACGCUCGGGCCAGCGCUUACAACGCCCGCCGGACCAUCGAACAAAGACGUCAGCAACAACAACAGUUGCAACAACAGCAACAGGAAGAUGAACAAGAAGAAGAGGAUGAAAUUCAGGAGCUGGAACAAGGAGAACAAUCGCCGGCGCCGGUUGUUGUAACGAAAACUCCGCCGGCCUCGACGUACCUGUACGGCGAAAAGGGGAGUCCGGCUUCCAGUUUUGGUGGUUCUUCAUUGCGCACCAUGUCCAUCUCCAUGUCGUUUGACGAUCUCGACGAGACCAACAGCAACGCCUCCAUGACGGAGCAGCAGCGCAUGAGAUCCGGCGGGCGGAACAGGUCGGAGGCGUGGUACGAGCGCCGCCAAUCGUACGGCUUUGAAGCGGCCGACAAGCUUCAGAGUUUGCUCAACACGUCCGGCAGUUCGGAUGUGCCGUCCAUCACCGGGACGGCCGUCAGCCGCUCCUGCGACAGUCUCUGCUCCACCGUCCGCUCGACGUCCAGCGCCAUUGAGAAAAUGAUUCCGCCCUGGAUCAAGAAUCCUUCGCCCAAACAGGCCGAAGAGGAGACGGGCAAAUCGCCGACCGGCUCUUCUCGCCUCUCGUAUUUCGCCCAGUCGAUUGAUGACGUUUCGGCGGAUGACGAGUCGGAAGAAGAUCAUCUCACGCAAAAGGAUACGGUUCGUGAAUCCGGAACGCCUUCCUCGGUUGCCACUGAGCACAAUAAAACGACCGCCCAACCGAGACGGACACCGACUCCGACGUCCGUCCAGCGCUCCGAGAGCAGCCGCUCGGCCACGAACGUGCUGGAAGAGGCGGAACCGAUUUGGUUAAGAGAUUUGAGGGUCCGGCGGAGUUUGCGAGACGGACGACGGAAACCGCCCGUCAUCAAGUCGCCACCGCCGAUCGAGACGCCCGUCUGGUUGGGUGUGAAACUCCGACCCACUGGACUUUCCUUGAUCGAUCCCGAUCCUUCCGCCGGACCGACUUCCUCAACUUCCCACCUGCCGUCGCCGACCAAGCCGCACAAUUACACGCCCAUCUUCACGUUCACCAACACCAGCACGACCAGCAAGAUCCAGCAGCAUCUGCGCAACUCGCGCGAGAACCUCCUGGCCAGUGCCCAGUCAUCGCCCGAACCCGCCCGGAAGAAAUCGGAAGAGAAACCACCGGCGCCUGCAGUAACGACGACGUUGAAAGUGUCCGUCUCGAGUCUGGCGUCGUCCAACGAGUCCAGGGAAGAGCUGGCCAAUCACCAGACGGUCAUCGAAUCCUGUCACAACAACAACACGACAACCUUCCGCGUGGUUCCGGCCAAUAAAGCCAAUGCGAAACCGGUGCCCAGCAGUUCCAUCGUUAUUGUCAAUUCUUCGCGUGAGAGUUUGCACAGCAUCGGCACAGCGGACAAUGCGUCAUCCUUUAGCUGCGAGACGGGCAACAACAACAAAUUGAACCACCACAAGUCGAUCGAAUUGAUGCGGAUGCUGGAAGAGACUCCGCUGGUGUCGACCAACGGCGUUCCUUUAAGACACGACCGGAUGGAUUCGGCCUCUGGUGUCAACACGGAAACCGGGUCCGUCUAUUCGAUGGGCGACUGGACCGAGUGCAGUUCGACCAUCGCUUCCGUCAAGAAUUCCAACGAGGAUCUGACGCAAAUCAACCAGACGGAAGGGCAAAGGAAAGCCAAAAAAGUCGCGUUCGGGGCGGAUGUGAAAGAGGAGAGCGACCAGAAGAGAUCCAGACCUCGAAGGAUCCGAUCCAGGAGCCCCGAGUCGCGACUGCGCGAAUGGCAAGAGCGGCUGGAAGAAGUGAAAUCCACCAUCAUCCACCAUCACCAAACGGCCACAGUCAAUCAGCAUCCGGAAUUUGGCGUCGGAAUUUGCAUCAGCGCACCCACCAGCGGCGGAUUGCCGCUUCGGAUGUUUGGUGACGACAUCAAGGAUACGAUCCAGCAGCAGCCGGAAUCGAGUGCAUCAACCAAUCAUUUCGCUUCUCAGUCUUCACCUACCAGCGAUACCUUCCGGUCACUCCUGCAGCCUAGAAAACCCUACACCAUCACCCCUACGGCUGUUGUUAAUCCGGCGGUGACUACUCCGGUGGUGAAGGAAUCGGUGGUUAUCGAUAGUUAUCCGCCAUUGAUGAAAGCUUACUCUACUGCUCCGCCGGCGGAAGUGUCACCUUCCAGACCGACGCCCAUGGUCAUCCGCAACGGAAUUGUCAAUUUCGACUCUUCUGUUGAGCGGAAAAUCGUCAUUUUGGAGGAGAAGGAAACGAUUCCGGCGCCCAAGAGCAUCUUGAAGAAGAGGAGCGUUGAGAAUUUACUGGAUCUUGACCGGAACAGCGAACCCGUGAUCAAAGCGGCGGUUAUUCCUGUGAUUCCGGCUGCCAUCCCAGUGAUUCCGGUUCAAGUCGUGACGGGAAGUCAGUCUGUCCAUUCCGGAAUCACCGUUUCCAUGACGAAUCAGAAGAAAGAGCCUCCGCCGGAACAGCAGGAGAUCCUGCCGUGGCGGAUUCAUUUGAAACACGUCGAACAACCGCCGACGAUCAAUUCCGUCGCGAUCCAGCAACAGCCGCAGCCGGAAGUCGUAGUACCUCCGUGGAGAAUCGAACUCAACCGGAAGAAAACCCCGCCGUUUGUCCCCCGGGCGUCCACUCCGGAAAACUUCUUUUCCCGCGGUCGGUCGCCAGCUUCAUCCGAGUCGUCGGCCACUUCGAUUCCGGGCAUGUCGGCGGCUGAGCUCAUCCGCAACCUGCGCCCCAAUCCGGUCAUGAUGGUAGCCCGUUGCGAAGUCAGAGAAUCCGUGUUCCGGCCGCCAUCCAAUUCGAUUGAUCCGGAAGCGGAGACCAUUGUUCCGCCGGAAUCGGAUCCUCAAUCAGUCAGAACCGAUCACGGCUACCACUCGCUGGAGCCGGAAGCGGAAUCCAGCCUCAUCAAGCGCCACCACAGCUCCUCUGCUCGACAACAGACGGCGGUGGAUGAAACGAAAACGAUCGACGAAACCAUCGCCCAGCUCAACGAAACGAUCGAAGAAAUCCGUUCGCUGGACCGCACCGAAACCACGGAAUUCGACCGGAAUGCAAUCCACUCGAUUCCAGUCGAAGUCGUCGCUCCCAAGAUGAUGGAUUUCACUCCGGCAGCCAGCAGCAGCCCGGCCAAGAAUCACGAAAAACCUUGCGCACCUCCCGCUGGACUCGUUCACUCCAAAAGCGCAUCGAAAUUGCCGGAGAAUCGAUUCGUCGUCCGCGAAAUCCGUCCGUGCAGCGCCGUCCAAGAUUCACGCUCGUAUUUCCAUUCCACGACGUCAUCCAAAGAGACUACGCACCAUCAUUCGACAGUGACAUCCAAUCGUCGUGAUUCCGUGGAAGCGGAAGGGCCGGAAGCCAAGGCGGCGUCGGCCAAUGCCCAAUUACAGCGCCUUCGGGAAACCACCAAGUUGCUGGCGGAUGGGCAUCCGCAGCUUCGGGCUGAUCCGACUCUAAGCCCGUCGAGAUUGAUGCAAACGAACGAGUCCAAUAACCAUAACAGGAGCAGCAGCACCAACAACACUAGCCACAAGAACCAAAAUGGCGACGUCACGACCCCGACGGUGAUGAUGACGCCCGUCAAACUUCUUGCAAGCCCCGAGCAAAAGGGGCGGCUGUCGUUCGUGAUGGCCUCGGGAGUCGAAGACGAUGACGUGACGGCCGCUCACCCAACCACCCCUACCAUUCCAGUCGUCCAUCAUAAACCAGUCGAAGUGCCGGAAUUGGCUGAUUCGAGCGUGGAAGAAUUGCUGAGCAGGUUCGAGAAAUCGGCGGAUGAUGUUCUUCCAGAUCCGCCUUUAAUCCGCAAAAGCAGUUCGGCCACUUCGAUGACAUCCAGCACGUUCAACAGCAGCCGCAGCAGCACGACGACCAAUCAAUUGCGGACGACGCAGUUUACGAAGCAAGUGAAAAAGUCCAGUGUGACAGCGCCUUUGGCUGUUGGAAUGAAUAAGCCCCUGCCGGCCAAACGAUCCAAUUCCAUCGAAUUGACGUCAGGUAUGCCGGAAGAGAAGGCCGCCCUGUUAGUGCGGAAAUUUUUCGGCAAUUCCGUCAUCGAAACGAAGAAAUCUCGGAUGGCCAAGACAGAGACGAUCAUGGAAGAGUCGAGCGAGCUGGGCUUUUCUUCCUCCUUUAGCGAAGAAAAGAGUUUGCUGGAAGUGGCGGUGGAAACGUUUUCUUCUCCGACUCCGCCGCCUCCGGCGGAGGACCCGUCCUUCGUUGAUUGUGACGAUUUCUUCCAUCGCCCGUCCAGCGAAACGGAAGGAAUGAGCACUUCGUCUUUCGGUUCCGUCCUGGAUGUCAUGACGGACACGACCACCGAUGACGAGCGGAGCAACCGCACGACUUCAUCCAUGACGAUGACCAACACGUCGCGCUACUCGAGCUGCAGUGAGCGCAGCGUCAAACUCAGCGACAUCAUCAACCGGCAGGAUAGGCCAUCCUUGCUGGAUUCGGUCCCUUCCUCUUCCGCCGUCACGCCUCUGAUGGAUGAAUAUUCUUGCGCUACAUCCGAAUCGGCUUCUAUCGCCAUUAGUUUGUGUCAGACGACGACCGACUCCUCGUCGACAGGAUCGGCUUUCUCCAGGUCGGGAUCCAGCAGCAUCCGCCGGAAUAAAACCCAACGACAUCCAACUGUGAUCAGGAAAGAUAAGAGUGGCGUUCCGGCAGUUUCUGUCAAGUCAUCGAUUAGGUCACCUACCAGCAAGAGCCGAGGUGGGGCCAGCACUCCUUCAAGAGGAAGUCAUCACCGAUCCUGCACAGCCUCUCCAUCAACGAGCUCGACUCCGGGAGUCCGGCGCCGCUCCAACGGCAGCAGUAGCGUCAAAUCCACCGGAGACCCAGUGAAAACGGUUCCUUCCGUCACCCGAUCCAGUAAAAGCGCCAGUUCUCUGGCGGCAGCUCCUGUCCGGCCUCCUCGAGCGCUCCAGCAGGUCAACCAGUCAACGGAAGUGAAGAGGAGGAGUCUGAGGACCUCUACCAGUGGCAGCACGCUUCGAAACGCAACUGCGGCUUCAUCCGCCAAGUCUCCAGCGGCAGCUUCCGCAUCGAGGAGAUCGCCCGCUCCUCUGGUGGAUCGCAAGACCAGCGUACCUAGCGGAGGAGUUCCUUUGGCCAACAGGACCAACCGUUUAGUGACCAUCACAUCCUACAAAAGCCGGAAUUCCGCUUCAGCCAAACCGGAUGAGAUUUCGGCCGUGAGCGGAAUCAAAGUGACGCCGGUCGCAGUAGGUUCUGGUCAUUACAAAAUCCGGAUGGAUCAAAGGAUCGCAGCCGCCGCAACAGAAAAAGCUUCCAAAACAUCAACUCAGAAAAUCUCCACUUCACAACGAACGACGGGGACCAAGACAUCGACGACAUCGGAAAAACGAUCCAGCACCACCACCACCACAACCUCCAGCCGGAAUUCGACCCUGAAACAACAGUCUGACAAAUGACGACGAAACGAAAAUAAAUAGCCUAAAAGUAUGUUACAAAUUCGUGAUGCAAAUGUUGGAGAAAAAGAGUUUGCGCAAUUUAAAAAGAAAAGAGUCGAUGUAGUAUAUAGGUUUCGACGGCGUUGAAUUACCAUCAACGGCCAAUGUACGACGAAUAGCUUGUCAUUAUCAAAGAUGUUUGCAUAUAUCUACUAAAAAAAAUUAAUAGUUUUGUUUUGAAUUUUUAUAAAUUGGGGAUACACCUUUCACACUCUAUAUCUAUGCUAUAUAUGCUCUGCCUGUCUUUGUUAUAUAUAAUACGUGUCUCUACUUUUCCCUCUCCCUGAAUGAUAUUCCGUAUGUAGAAUUGAUAUAUAUGCGGGUCUUGUACGAUGGAUGGCGAAUUCUCUACGCAAGAACAAAGUAUAUGAUUGCAGUACAUACAGUUCGACCGGCAUGUAGUCGUUGAUGACAAGAAA